AUGUCUGGAUCAAUAAAUAUUCUUACUAUUGAUUUCAAACGCACCGAACGUAUUGGGUUAACAACAGCUCUUCGAGAGUAUAUUUCUUACAAUUACAAUGAUCACCCAGAUAACUUUACGGAUGAUUUUCGCGUUCUCGACGAGUUAAGAACCGAUUGUUUGAAUUUGGAAGUGCAUCAGAAUGCCCUCCAGCGGCUGUUAAAAGGUCUCAAAUACAAAUUGAUUUGGUUUCUUUCAAAAUUUAGAUAUUACGGACAAUUGGUUUUUAUUGGAUCAAAGUUUCCUAUUGAUUUUGGCAUAGAGUUUCCUUGGUAUUCAGCUUUUUCCGAUGAAAAAAGGCCGAUUUCACAUCGGAAUUUUUAUUAUGAGAAAGCGUGUGUGUUAUUUAAUAUUGGCGCUAUGUAUAGUCAACUUGGCGUUUCGGAGAAUAGAACAACCCCUGAGGGAGUUAAAAGAGCGUGCCAGCAUUUUCAAUAUGCUGCUGGGUGCUUCAAACAUUUAAAUGAGGUCAUAGUAGCAGAAAUGCGUAUCGCACCACCUUUAGAUCUAUCAUCUGAUAUGUUAAAGGUAUUGACUAACACGAUGCUUGCUCAAGCUCAAGAAUGCUUUUGGCAAAAGGCUGUUCAUGGUAAACUUAAACUUAAUUUUUAUUGUCAUAUUUUUAUAAUUCAUUUUGAUUCAACCCGUUUUGCAUUGGGUCAAGACAAAUACAAGGACGGGACGGUUGCAAAGUUAGCUAAUCAAGUAUCCAUAUAUUAUGAUCAUGCACAUGAGAUUGCUUCAAAUAAUUCAGAAAUUGCUAAUAUAUUGGGGCAAGGAUGGCUAACACAUCUACAAGUAAAGUCCUGGCAUUUUCAUGCUGCUGCAGAAUUUAGAAAAUCUUCUGAAUGCAUUAGUCAGAAUAAAUAUGGUGAAGAAAUUGCUAGGUUGCAAGUUUCUCAAGAUUAUAUUAAAAAAGGUUUAGAUCAAUGUAGGCAUUUGCGUGAAGCAGUUAUAAAAGAUUUAGAGUCCGUACAGACGGCCGUACAAUCAAAUCUUAAACGAGCUCAAAAGGAUAACGAUAUUAUUUAUCUUCAAAUGGUUCCAUCCGCCUCAUCAUUAACUUCUAUUGGUAAAGCUAAUAUGGCUAAUCCUAAUAUUCCACCAGAAGUCCAAGACCCUAUUUCUUUGAUGAAUGAAAGAUCUAUUUUGGGUGUACCCUUGUUCGUAAAACUCGUCCCUUAUGCGGUACAUCAAGCUCAUAGUGUAUAUUCUGAUCGUAAGGAAAAGUUGGUGAGGGAUGAGAUUUUAUCUAAACUUCACGAGUUGAUAAACAUUUGCAAUAGUACAUUACGGUCUUUGAAUUUGCCCGCAGCACUUAAUGAGGUUGAUCAGCAUUCAAAAAUACCACCAUCAAUUUUAUCCAUGUCUCAAGAGGUUCGUAAUGAAGGAGGUUUGGCGAGGCUGAAUGCCAUGUUUGAUACUUUACAAGAUAAAUCUAGAAUUGUCUAUCAAACUUUGGAUGAGGCUCUUGCUUUUUUGGAUCAAGAAUGCACUGACGACGAGGAAUUUAGAAAUAAAUUUGGUGAAAAAUGGACUCGGCCUCUCUCAUUGUCAGUAAAUAGAGAAUUGACUGAAAAGGCGGAUAGCUAUCGAAAGGUUUAUGAUCAGGCUUAUAGAAGUAAUAAAAUUCUUCAAAAUGGAUUGGAACAACAAUCCGAAGCUUUAGAUAUAUUGAGCUCUGAUCGAGAGAUAUUGGAAGAACGUAUCCCUCCAGAAAUUCAAUCUGAAUCUGAUGUUGAUGUAGAUGGAGUUCAAAAAAUCAAAGAUGAUAUACGAGCUUUAAUAAAUCAAUCCUUCCAAAUCAUGAAAGAAUGUGAAACUAAAAUUCAAGAAGUGAAAAAGGCUGCAGAUUUAGAUGAUAUUGCUCCUAUAUUGCUUAAAGAAGCUGCAAAAUUAACUGCAGCUAGUAACACAUCCAUAAAACUCGAACCUGCUCAUUUUGAAGAUUUGUUUAAUGAACAAAUGAAAAAAUAUGAUAAAUUCUUAUUGACAUGUAACAAAUUAUCAGAUAUUCAAGACAACUUGCUCGCUUCUAUAUCUGAGAAAUUCGAAGAGUAUAAUAAAAGACGAAGAAUGGCGUCGACCAAUCCGAGAAGAACUCAGUUUAUACAAACACUUGGGAAUGGAUAUAAAUGUUUCAUCAAUAUACUUCAACGAUUACAGGAAGGAAUGGCGUUUUAUGCCCGUUCGCAAGCGAAUGCAGAUGAACUAAAGCAAAAUUGUCAAGCUUUUGCCACUCAACGAAGAAAAGAAGCUGAACGUUUUUCAAAUCUACUUUCGGGAUCAACGAGAAAUCUCGAUUAUUCAGAUAUUUCACAACCUGCAUCUCCUGUUCCCAAAGUAUGGAACAAAGGAAUGCCUAUAUCAUUUUCACCUACAUCACGUGGAUAUCAAAGACCACCACAACCGCCACCACGAUGA